AGGGGCAGUGCAUAUGGGUCAGUGACCCCUCUCUGAAUUCCUGCUGUCAUUUUCCCUUGUGUCAGCAGUGGGACCCUCCUUCAGCAAGAAAUAGCUUCAUCCUAAACACCAUGGCACAAGCACUGAGAUGAAAUGAGGACACUUUAUACUAGUGAGCAAAGUCACGCUCUUUUGUAAGUUUCCUGUUGCUGCUUUUUCCCCCCCCCCUGCAAUCUUAAGUCAUGAACAGAGCAGGGUGCUACAGAAAUCAAAAAGUCGAAGACAUGGGGAGGGCGGAAGCUUGAGACUUUAACAUAAGAGAGCAGUUGUCUAAUGCCAGAGAAAGAAAAGGAGAAGUUAUUUAACUCCCCUGCUGACUGGAAUUCUAUGAGAUGUGGGAAGAUGGGGUCGGCUAUGAGAUCAUUGAGCUGAAGGAUCUGAAGCCGUGUGAUGGCAUCGAUCUGACACAAAGCUCCCGUGGGGGGCACCGCCUGGAACGCGCCAACGCUGUCAGGAUCCCCCCAAGCAGGACACCCCCCAUUCUGCAGAGGAGCCUGAGAAGGAGAAUACUUGGACAAGGUGACACACAGCCACCUGGGAAAGCAGGAGAAGGACACUAUUUCCAGCCCACAUCCAACACUCAGCACACAUGGUGUGACCUCUGCGGGGACUUCAUAUGGGGCAUCUACAGGAAAAGCCUUCGCUGUGUGUACUGCAGUUUCACCUGUCACUAUCGAUGCCGUGCUCUGAUACAUUUAGACUGCAGCAGAGGGACUGAUUUAGAGAAUGACCCAUCUGAAGACAACUCGUGGGAGAAAGAAUCGAAUGUGGAUGAAAAGCCAGAAAAGAAGCCGCAGGCCCUGAGCAAGGCAGAGACAGAUCAGAAAAUAAAAGAUUAUAAUGCUCAGAUAAAGAGCAAUCUCUUCAUGAGCCUGAAUAAGGAUGGCUCAUUCACUGGAUUCAUCAAAGUUCAGCUGAAACUUGUCAGACCGGUUUCUGUCGCAGCUUCCAAAAAGCCUUCCUGUUUACAGGAUCGGAAAGGUAGUGGACGCUCCCAGCCAGUCAAACGUAGGACCUCCUUCUACCUCCCCAAAGAUGCUUCAAAGCACCUGCAUCUGAGUUCAAAGACCCCAGCUAGUGAGGUCAUUCAGGCGCUGCUGAAGAAGUUCACUGUGCUUGAUAACCCCAGGAAGUUUGCUUUGUUUGAAAGGACAGAAAAGGGUGGACAAGUGUCCUUAAGGAAGUUAACUGACGACGAGGAGCCUCUGAAGCUGCGUCUUCUCUCAGGACCAUGCGAGAAAACUCUGAGUUUUGUGCUUAAGGAGAACGAGACAGGAGAAGUCAAUUGGGAUGCAUUCAGCAUGCCGGAGCUGCAGAAUUUCUUGCGCAUUCUGCAGCGUGAGGAAGAAGAGCACAUGCGACAGAUAAUUCAGCGGUACACACGUUGCCGGGAGAAGAUGCAGGAGGCGCUAGCAUCACGCUCACCUGGCUGAAACACCCAUCCAGCUCCACCAAAGAGGAGAGUAUGAAGACAGUGAGGCUGAGGCUAAAGACGCAAGCACGGUGUGACUGAGACUGAGUGCUGGGUGAAGCACUUCCUGAAGUGCAUGGGAGGGGGGGUAAGCCUCCCUGGGAGAGAUGUGAGUGAGCGCAUAAGAGAGUGUGUCUGUGUGGGACACGAGAUACUGUGAGUGUUCCUGUGAGAGAUGCACAAUAUGAAGGAGGCUGAUUAGUGACACCAAGGAUGCCAAUUAUCACUUGCCACGCUGCAAAGAGGAUUCAGAAGAUGCUUCUGUGUACUGAUAAAUCAGCCCCUUCUGAAAAGCGAAUGCCAGAUUUUGACAGCUUGGCAGAUUCUUGUAUGUUUCUAUUAAGGCCCUAUAUGACAGAGCUGCUGUCACCUCAUAUUUACAUCAGUUCUGCCAGUACAUGAGUGAAGUGACACAGAACAUCCCUGUCCAUCUAGCUGUGCUUUUGCACAUGCUGCACAUAAAUAUUUCUGCUUUAA